UCGGCUGGUCGCCAUAUUAAACCUGACGGAAUCAGCGACGCUCCGCGGUUGGGAUCGCGAGGGGCCCCUCUCCAAAACAAAUCCCGAUUUACACCUCCAUUCCCCUUAUUCACCCCGGGUAUCAUUUAUGCAUCGGACUGAAUAAGCCAGUCUGUUCUCAGACAGGAGUUGUCUGGGAAGGAGAUUUAGUUCUAGUGUGUUUGAGAGAUGAGUACUUUGACCCAGCGGAGCUCCGGCCUGGUGCAAAGACGCACCGAGGCUUCGCGCAGCGCUGCAGCCGCAGACCGAGACCGCGGAUCCGGCGACGAGGACUACGAGCCCCGCCGUGGAGACGAGCAGGACGACGAUGACAGCGGUGAUUCCAAGGAAACCAGACUGACCCUGAUGGAGGAAGUACUGCUGCUGGGCUUGAAAGACCGCGAGGGCUACACCUCCUUCUGGAAUGACUGCAUUUCAUCAGGCCUGCGGGGCUGCAUGCUCAUUGAGCUGGCCUUACGAGGGAGACUGCAGCUGGAGGCCUGUGGCAUGAGGAGGAAAAGCCUGCUUGCUCGGAAGGUUAUAUGUAAGUCUGAUGCUCCAACGGGAGAUGUGCUUUUGGAUGAGGCUCUGAAACACAUAAAAGACACUCAGCCGCCCGAAACCGUACAGGGCUGGAUAGAGUUACUCAGUGGCGAGACAUGGAACCCACUGAAGCUUCACUAUCAGCUGCGUAACGUCCGAGAGCGCCUGGCGAAGAACCUUGUAGAGAAGGGCGUCCUCACCACCGAGAAACAAAACUUUCUUCUGUUCGACAUGACUACACACCCACUUACCAAUAAUAAUAUUAAGCAGCGUCUUAUUAAGAAGGUGCAGGAGGCCGUGCUGGACAAGUGGGUGAACGACCCUCACCGAAUGGACAAACGUAUUCUAGCCCUUAUAUUCCUCGCCCAUUCCUCUGACGUACUAGAGUUUGGAGUUGUUCUCAUCCAUUCACCUGAAGUGUGA